UAGAGGGUGGGGCAGACAGACAGAGAGAGAGGGUGGCGGACAGUGACCGGGCAGUGGCCGGAGAGGUGACCGGGGAGUGCUCGGACAGUGGCCGGAGAGGUGACCGGACCUUGGCCUGCGACGUUGCCGACACCAUUGCCGAGGGGGCCCUGGUACCCUGUGGAGAGAGGAGUGGCAGCACUUUGUACACGGUGUCGUUUGAGGAUGGCCGGUUCAUGGAGUGCAGCGCGGACAACCUCAUCGGCCCAGGGUUCCAGAGCCUGGCACGCUUCAAACUCUACCCGGGACAGAAGGUGUACCUGACGCACGGAGGCCGCGAGUACCCGGGGCUGGUGGAGCAGCACAACCACAUGGACAGCGAGGUGCGGGUGUACGUCGGGGAGCUGGGGCUGCGCGCCCUGCGCAGGAUCGAGGACGUGCGCCUGGGGGAGAGCAGCAGCUCCCCCCGCCUCUGGGAGCCGGAGAGGGAGCCCACCCCACCUCCUCGCGGCCCCUCCUCACACACCAUCGACGUGCCCCCGAGGGCAUCAGCCACGGUCGACAUGGACGAGAUCAUGGCAGCCAUGGUGCUCAGCAGCUUGUCCUGCAGUCCCCGGCUUAACCCUUCGCACCCCACACCGGUACCAGGGUCGGGAGACUCCGGGAACGGCUCGGGAAGCAGCAGUGACCACUGGAGCGGUAACUCCUCCUCUCUCUCGCCCCCUCCAUUUCCUCAGGCCCUCGGCCCGGCUCCCGGAGAGGAGGGGGAUGAGCUGCACCACCCACACCCCCUGUCGUUGGAGGAGUCAGGCCCCCGGAAGCAGAAGAACUCGCUGAAGCUCCUGUACCGCUGUAUGUGGCCCCGCUGCCAGAAAUGCCUCUCGUCCACGGUGGGAAUACGGAGACACAUCCGAACUGUACACCUUGGCCGCCGUGACUCCGAGCACAGUGACGGGGAGGAGGACUUCUACUACACCGAGAUUCAGGAGGGAGUAGAGCCAGGCUCGGAGUCUCUCGGUGGCCGUCACCGUGCACCUCCAUUCCCCAAUCCGCAGCCCGCAGCCCCAGUCAACCCGCAGCCCCUCGCCACACCAGAUGUGGUUCCAGAUGUCCCGGCCCCCACCAUGCCCGCUUUGAGUCGGUCUGCACCCAGCUGUCUGAGGCAGGUCUCCGUGGAUCACACCUACCAGGUCUCCCCAGAGUCCGGCUGCACCUUCACGUUGGUGGGCUUCCCCAGCCAGCUGCCGGCGGCUCUCGUCAGACCGCGCGUCGCGUCCACUUCACCGCCACCGACACUCCGCGGAGGCAGGAAGGUGCGCGGCGAAGCGAAGAAAUGCCGCAAGGUCUACGGGGUGGAGAACCGGGGCCGCUGGUGCACCGCCUGCCGGUGGAAGAAAGCCUGUCGGCGCUUCCAGGACUGAGCACCAGCGUUUGCCGAGGGAACUGGGAGGGGUCCCGGGCCUGACCUGAUGACAGCUGACCUCCCCGGGACGAGCACGGUGCAUCUGCUGGUCCACCUGUGGGCUGGCGUGGUGUCAGCGUGGACUGUGACGUAACGUUGGGGUGUCUGCUGACGGGGUGAGGGGUGGCGGCAAUCUCCGGUUCUCCAGGGCCGCUCACCUGCAGUCAGUGGGAGAUCUGUCAGACUGUGUACUCAGCAUACUUCUCGUGUUUCCCCCGUCCUGGAGAUCGUGUCCCGAGCCCGACAAAGCCGGGCUGCUCAGUGUGGGCACUGUCUGUGUCUGUGUGUGUGGAUGGGCACCGUCUGUGCGUGGGUAGGCACUGUGUGUGUGGGCACCAUCUCUGCUCUGGCACACUCCCUCCCUCUGAGACUUUACCACUGUCCUGUUCCCUACCAAUGUCUACCAGCUGGGCGGUGCCCUCAGUGGUGUAUUUGCGCUGAUCUUGCAGCUGGGGCCGGGGAUGGAGAAGAGACCAGGUGAACUUGGACCGCUUUUGCUCAACCCCCUGCAGCCCUGGGUCCCAGGGACUCUCCUCCACAACUCCGGGGAUAAGUUGCAUUUUGUUUUGCUCUGUCCACCUUUGAUUGGGCAGGGUGAUGUCAUCGAGUUCCAGAGCUGGACAGCACAGAAACAGGCCCUUUGGCCCAACUCAUCCAUGCUGACCUUUUUGCCCAUCUUCACUAAUCCAAUUUGCCCACAAUGGCUCCGUAUCCUGCUGUACCUUGACUGUUCAAGUAUCUGCCUGAUGGCCUCCUGAACGAGGUGACUGUACCUGAUUCCUCCACCAUCUCAGGCAGCACGGUCCAGAUAUCACCCACUCUCUGUGUGCUUUUUAAAAGAUAAACUUUCCCCUUGGAUCCUUUUUUUUAUAAUACUUCCUCCCACCUGAAACCUCGGCCCUCUUGAUUUUGGUACCCCUACCCUGGGGAAAAGAUCCUGACUCUCCACUCAACCUACGCCUCUCGCAAUCUCGUACACCUCUAUCAGCCACCCCUCAGCCUCUUUCGCUCCAAUCCCUGCCUGUCCCAUCUCUCCCCGUAACUAAAGUCCUCCAAUCCAGUUGGGAAUGGAAUUUAUUGGGAGGGAGCAGUAAUCAGCAGAUGGUGAGGGUUUCAGCUCUCCCUCUAACUGCCCCCAGGACCUCUACAACUUAUCCCUGGGGCAACCCUGGUCUCACCCUAUGAUCCUAUCCAUACCUUCCCCCUUCCUCUCUACAACUUAAAGCUAACUUGUUUCAUUUUGCAGGUUCUGACGAAAGGAUCUGCGACCUGAAACAUUCACCCUGCUCCUCUCUCUACAGACGCUGCCUGACCUGCCGAGUGUUUCCAGUAUUUUAUUUCUAUUUUACUCUGUCCGCGGAGGCAGAGUGCUGGUCUUCCAGUGUCCCGUGUGGUGAGUUGGAGGCAGACAGCUUGGAAUGUGCCACGGGUGGUUGACUGACUGGACUGGCAUGUAGAGGCCCAAACUAUUAAACCAGAGGAACGAGUUCAAAUCCCACCAUAGGAGCUGAAAUGAAUAUGUUGGUAGUAGUCAUGGAACUGCUGGAGUAUUGUCACAGUCACUGGUUCACUGACGUCCAUCAGGGACUGGAACUCCACAGUCUUAACCCAGUCUGGUGUCUGGUGUAUCUAAGAUCCACACAAAGUGGUUGGUUCUUAAUUGCCCUCUGAAAUUACUUAUUGUCUGGGACAUUUAGGGAUGGGUAAUAUGUGUAGAUCCAGCCUGUGAAACAUGAAUGUGUGUGUAGACCCAACAUCGGGAGCCUAUGCUGGGAAAAAUCACAGGAUCAGGGGUGCAGGUCAGCUGGUAGCUAAACCACUGGAAAUGACUCAGAAACCACCCCAGAUGAAAUGGGCUCCAUCCUCUAAACGUGAUGAUUAGUUUCAGAGCUCGAGUGGGUUACACCACUUUAUCCUCCGUCUGUCUCCAGAGCCACCAGCCUACAUGUGCUCUGUGGUGUAGUGACAUCUGCUCACUGGAGGUCCACACCAUUCUAGGGUCUGGAACAGUGCUAAUGCUUUGGGCCUUCAUACGUGAUGCAUCUGAAGGACUGGCACACUCGUGUCCAAAUUGGGAGUAAUGUUGGAGUAAUCGCACCCUUCUAUAAUGGGUGCGUUCUGCACACAGAUCUGUGCCACUGUUCAGGCAGGACCUGUGUGGUCCAGGGGUGGUUAAGGUACUGUUAGACUGUAUGCAAGGGUUCCUGUUUUAAACUUUUGCCUGACUGUUGUAUCAUAGGAUGUCUGACUGUCUUAUUUUGUAUAUUUCAUACAACUUUAUAAUAAAUUU